GGGCGGCAGCGGGAGCGGCGGGGAAGGGCCUGGCGCCGGCGGCGGCGGCGGAGGGGGCGCCGCGGGCGGACGAUGUGAACGCGGCGCGCGGCCCAGAUUACGCCUCGUGUCAGUAGAAAUGGACAGCAGCAGUUUCAUUCAGUUCGAUGUGCCUGAGCACAGCAGCACUGUUCUGAGCCAACUAAACGAGCUCCGCCUACAAGGGAAGCUAUGUGACAUCAUCGUCCACAUUCAGGGUCAGCCAUUCCGAGCCCACAAAGCUGUCCUCGCGGCCAGCUCCCCAUAUUUCCGGGACCAUUCAGCAUUGAGCACUAUGAGUGGCUUGUCGAUAUCUGUGAUUAAGAACCCCAGCGUGUUUGAGCAGUUGCUGUCCUUCUGUUACACUGGAAGAAUGUCCUUGCAGUUGAAGGAUGUUGUCAGUUUUCUGACUGCAGCCAGCUUCCUUCAGAUGCAGUGUGUCAUUGACAAGUGCACGCAGAUCCUGGAGAGCAUCCACUCAAAGAUCAGUGUGGGAGAUGUUGACUCUGUCACCAUUGGUGCUGAAGAGAAUCCCGAGAGCCGGAAUGGAGUGAAAGAUGGCGGCUUCUUCGCCAAUCCUGUUGAGAUCUCCCCUCCAUAUUGCCCUCAGGUACGGCAGCCUCCAGUCAGCAGCGAUCUCCGGAUGGAGACGACCCCCAACAAAGCCCUUCGGAGCCGCUUACAGGAAGAGGGUCACUCAGAUCGGGGGAGCAGUGGCAGUGUGUCUGAGUACGAGAUUCAAAUUGAAGGGGACCACGAGCAAGGGGACUUGUUGGUGAGGGAGAGCCAGAUCACUGAGGUAAAAGUGAAGAUGGAAAAGUCUGAGCGGCCCAGUUGCUCUGACAGCUCCUCCCUGGGUGAUGAUGGCUACCACACAGAGAUGGUUGAUGGGGAGCAAGUUGUGGCGGUGAACGUGGGUGCCUAUGGCUCUGUGCUCCAGCAUGCGUAUCCCUACUCCCAGGCAGCCUCACAGCCUUCCAGCAUGCCAGAAGCUUUUGGAAGUCAGAGUAAUUCCAGCCCAUCCAGGUCCAUGCUGAGCUGCUUCCGAGGCCGUGGUGCCCGCCAGAAGCGGGCUCUGUCUGUUCACCUGCACAGUGACCUGCAGGGUGCGGUGCAAGGAUCUGACAGUGAAGCCAUGAUGAACAAUCCCAGUUAUGAGAGCAGUCCCCGGGAGAGGAGUGCAAGGGGUUACUGGUACCCAUACAAUGAGAGGUUGAUCUGUAUUUACUGUGGGAAGUCCUUUAACCAGAAGGGAAGCCUCGACAGGCACAUGCGACUGCAUAUGGGAAUCACCCCCUUUGUGUGCAAGUUCUGUGGGAAGAAGUACACACGCAAGGACCAGCUGGAGUACCACAUCCGGGGCCACACUGAUGACAAACCAUUCCGCUGUGAGGUCUGUGGGAAGUGCUUUCCAUUCCAGGGCACCCUCAACCAGCACCUGCGGAAAAACCACCCGGGUGUCACUGAGGUCAGGAGUCGCAUGGAGUCUCCCGAAAGAACAGAUGUGUACGUGGAACAGAAACUUGAAAGUGAUGUGUCAGUCUCAGAAAUGGCUCUAGAUUCCCGAAUGGAAAUCCACACAGUAUCUGAUGCGCCUGACUAAGGUGCUGCAGAGAAAGAGCUCCUGAACAAAGCACAUCAGUCAAUGCAUAGUUGUGAUUUGCUUUGUUGUAAUCUUUGGUUUCCCCAUCAGGAAAUCUCUUGGUUCUGGGUGUGGCACUUGUGUUUACCCUCAUCUCCUCUUCCCUCCCCCAGGAGCUCAAAGCAUGAAGGGCAGCAGAUCCAGGGAAAACACAGACUGACAGUCUUCCUCCUUGGCUUGAUUGCUUCUCCCAACUCUGCCAGUGAUUUAGCUAUGCCAACUGGUUGACCCCACGUUCUCUGCCAAGAGGCAGGCACUCUUUGACUGUGGGUGCUAGCCCCAGUGCAUUUUAAUGGAAAGAGGCUAGGAUGCCGUCAGCUGAUACAAAUGGGUAACCUUUUCUAAUUUAAAAUUAGUUUUAGGGGUAGUUAGACAAUUUAUAUAUAUAUAUAUAAUAAAGUGGUUAUUAUAUAUAUAGUAUAUAUACAUUCUCAAAUUGGGGUUUAUUCUGGUUGAGGUGAAUGUAAGAGGAAUAUAUAAUUUAAUACAAUGUGAACAGAGCCUGACUCUGUUUCAGCCCCACCUACUAUGUUAGUUUCCACCCUUUGUUUUCCUUACUGAAGAAUGUCAGUAGAUUUUCACAUACAGUAAUCAUUGUGUCCAAAUGCAAGCAAAGCAAAUCACAGUGUUCAUAGCUCUGCUUCAUAACAAACACAUAAACCAAAUGCCAUAAAACUCCUUCAACUGUAGUGGGAACCAUUUGGAACUUUUGUUCGUUGUCCAGCUGUGCUGGAUGACCUGUGGUGCUGACCUUUCUACGCAGUGUAGUGUUAUACUAGCCAACCCCAAAGGAGCAGUGGUCUUCAAGGUUUUUACUACAAAUCUACCUACCUUCAUCCUGUACUGUAGAAGCAUACAUACCAGGUAGCUAAUCAGAUCACUGCACCGUGAGUAGUGCUCUCACUAGGGCAGGAGUUUGUAGCACUUGCCUACAAAACUCUCCAGGUAGUGUUGUGCUUUAUCGUUGGUUUUCUUUUGGUUUUUCUCUCUCUCCUCAAACAGCCAGUUCAGGUGCACAACAACUUUUUCUAUGCAGUUCCCAGGGAAGCUGCAGAACUUGGAAUUUGUACUUUUUGUAAAGCUGUACUCUACGGGAAUUGCAAGCAAUAUAUCUAAUCUUAGUAUUGUGUGUGCUAAUGAGAGCCUCAGUGGCUCCUCCACUCUCUCAGUGUUUCUUGCUUAAAGAAAAAAAUGUCAAAACCAUCUGAGAUCCUCAGUGUGUCACCAAAUCUGUGUGUAUGUCUCACCAUUUUUGGUCACGUGGUGCUAUUUUUAUGUUAAGUAUCUUUUAGGUCAGUAUCGUCUAGAAAAUGUGAAACCUACGAGUAGUGAUGACUUACUUACUUUCCUCUCAAGUUCACAGCUUGAAAAGAAACCUCAAAAGCAUGUGCUGGCAAACGGGUUAUGUCUGUUUUGUGUCUGGUCAGCGCUUUGGAAAAUGUCUGUUUGCUCUUAGGUUCAUACACACCAACAGGCUUCACAAAUGCUCUGGUUCUGUGAACUCAGGCAGAGAGGGCAAUUUGAUAGGCAGUUUACAGGCCAGGUUUGCGGCUGACUGCAGAGACAGCAGUGCUCUAGUCUCUGCCUGAGUACCUGGGCUCUGAGACCCAGACUCAAGCAAAACCCAGAAACUGAGGACCAACCUCAGAGGCUAGGAGCUAAGGAAUACAAAAUAGAUGUUUGCUGAUUUGCCAUGCUUUUUUGGCUCCUAAAAUACCAAGAAUGAUGAUGGGUUUGGGGGGAGGUGUUUCUGUUUAGUUUGUUCGGUGGUUUUUGUUUUUUGUUUUGUUUUGCAGGGAGUGGGGGAGGUUCAAGACAGGGUUUCUCUGUGUAGCCCUGACUGUUCUGGACUUGCUCUGUAGACCAGGCUGGCCUCGAAUUCAGAGAUUCUCCUGCCUCUACCUCCCGAGUUCUGGGAUAAAGGUGUGUGCCAUCAUCACCCAGCUUUUUUUUUCUUUUUUAUUUCUUUUUUCUUUUUUUUUUUUUUUUUUUGCCGGUGGCAGGGGUUAUUUGAGAAAAAGUUUGAUUCCAGCCCUUCCUUCAUGUGUAGCAGCCCCGGUGCACACAGUGGCACCGUCCUAGCACACAGGAUCUGCUCAUAUGUGAAUUGCUCGCCUCACCUCAGUGUUAACUCCUGUAGAUGACUAAUCCUGCCGCUCCUGCGGCUCUUCUGAUCGGGUAUACGGUAUGCCUUCUCCUCGUCAGACUGCCUAAAGCGGGGUUCUCUCCCUGAAGCAUUUGUUCAGCUGAGAAAGCUGACCGCCUCAAGGGAGAAUGGACUCCCAAGUGUUUACCUACUUAAGUGUGUUCUGAGGUUUCAGGUAAAUGUUUGUGAUUUUUCAUUUUCCUUACACAAAUAUAUUUUGUUUUGAUUUUUCUUUUUGAGAAUUAAAUGCAAAACUUCCUUUUUUUUAUUAUUUUGUGUUGUGAUACCAGUUAAGUUUGUGACAAGAAAGGCCCCAAAUCCAAGGAUGUGCGACGUGGAGCUCAGGGAAGGAGCCUCCUUUUCACUUUUUGUGGUGAGGGGAGUGCACUCUGGCCACACGCCCAUGUCCUGGCUCUUGUCACUGUCUGUCUGAACUUAUGUGCAUGUAGUUCUUGUUUCUGAACUUACGUACUUGUAGUUCUUAUGUUUGUCAAUUUGUUUAGCUGGUUUGAGUUUACCAAAGAGUGACUUAUCCAAAAUUGUCUUUGACAAAAAUAUACAUUGCUUUGAUUGUACAGUUCAGGUUCUAACAUUGUAAUGGGACUGUUAAGGGGCAGAAAACCAAUUUGAGUUUUUAAUGAUCAUGAUUCCACAUUUUGCAAGUUGCGCUUGCUCCCAUUCGUGUUGCUAACUCUUUACCCUCUCCACUGCUAGCAGUGUUAAAAAGUGAAUUCUCAAGCCAUAACACAGUACUGUAAAGUUCACGGGGCUUCGAGGGAGACAGUGCCCAGGCCAGCACAGCACUGCAUAGCCUGUCUGCACACUUGCACUAGGUGCCUGCCGGUGGGCAUGGCUGCCGAGGGCUCUCCAUACAGACAGGGCAACAGCGGUUAAUUGUGCCUAGCUACAUGAGGAUGUGCCAGGAGAGCCAGCUUGGCCACGCGAGCAGGCCUCUUUCCCUUAAGCUCACUGUGUAACUCCUUAGAGCGACUCCUUGUGGACAGCAAACCUGUCCCUGUACAGUUGUAGGUUAGGUCUCUCACUAUAGCAGACGCGGAAGCUCACUAAGAUACAUAUGUGAAGACAUCCUUUACAGUGAAGUAUGUCCUGCUUUCAUACAGACCUGUGCGUAAUUGAGUCUCUUCUCAGCUACCUUUCCAUGUUAGACAAUGUGAAGACAGCCACAGCACCCUUCCUUCCCUGUGACAUUUACCCCAUUGCACAAACUGUGAAGACGUUUUAUACUUUUGCUAACACUUGUGGUUUUCAGUCCUUAUGUUUCUUCAUCAGUCUUCUGCCCUCUCGUUUCUACUAAAGCUGUAAAUACAUUUAGAAACUGUUUGUAAAUACGACGACAAAGAUGAGUUCAUUUUCCCAUUCAGUGGAAAAGCCUCCCGAUCAAUUGGCUCUGCCUUGGCAAUUUUUUGUUGUUUGUGGAGAUUGUUUGUUUGUUUCCUUCCUUCCUUCGUCCUUCCUUUCCUUCCUCCCUUCCUUUCUUCCUUCCUCCCUCCCUCUCUCUUUCGAACAGCAGAAAGGAUACUGUCGGUUCACUGUUAAGUAGAAUAUACUGUAGGACUAGAUUGGUAAUUUUUAAAUCUUCCCAGAGCUUAAGUGUAUGUCUCUUCUAACGACAGGGAGUAUAACCACCUCUUUUACCCUUAGCCCAGACCACAGGCCUGCAUAUUUUUUUGUAUGUGAGUUUGAUUUUAACAACCUGGAUUCUAGGGAGAAUUUGCAGGAACACAAAGCAAGGGCUAGGGGAAAUGGUCCGUGUGAGUGAGCUCUACUUUAGGUUGAUGUGUCUUAUUUUAAGCUUUCCACUUGUUACUGUUACUGUGAUGUUUUUGUUAUCACUGUUGUUAAAUUCUAUAAUGGUUUCCUGUGAAGCCUCCACUGAAAGGGACUCAAAUAUGCAACAUCUAAACUAUUUUCCAAGGGCUCAUGCCCCUUGAAUGGUGCUUCUAGCCUGGUCAGGGUUAUUUAUUAAAUUUUAUAUAUGAAAGUAUUGGGAAAUUAUGUAAACUCUUUAUACGAAACUGUCUAGUUCUUACAUCGUAGAUUUCAUAUACUCAGUGCAGCUGAACUGAGAGUUCAGCGAAGUCAUUCACUUUGUUCCACAUUUGUAAUGGUCGCCACACGUCGUCUUCAGGAAGUAGCAGAGUUCCCACUCUUCCUGCCAGGGCUUGCCAACUUCAGGUGCCCCCUGGGUCUGGCACAGACAGGGCUAUCGCUGCUCCUCAGUAGCUACUGGAGUAAGCCUCGCUCACUGCUCAUUGGCAGAUUGAGCACACAGACCUCCCACUGCCCUUCAGUGACAAGUUAUGCUGUGAACUCAGCCUCGGGACUUGGAGACUAAGUCCCAGGCUGCUGCCCUGACUGGAGCAAGAGGUAAACUCACUGCCUCCCCUGAGAACGACCUUUUCCUGAGGUGAAACCACCUCUUAACACUUCAGCAGUAGGGCUAAUAUAGUGUCCGUUACAAAUGGCUGAGCAAUUUGAAUGACUUCACAUGGUGUCAUUAUCUUGCAAUAUAAACUGGUAACCUCACAACACCACACUUCAUCACCAUGUGAAGUAAAUGAAGCUAGCUAAGCGGAUGCUGUAUCAACUAGUAACUUGCCAUUAAGGGUUAUUUUAUAGCAUGAAUUGAAAACUAUUUAUUCAAAUGAUAUUUUACUCUUGUAUUCAUUUUGCUUUAGGUUUGUGACAUGAAUAUUUCAGUGCUGCUUAAUUUUGUUCUGAAUUCUUGUUUCUUGCUUGUAAAUGGCUUUUUUAUGGUAUAAAGUCAUUGGGAAUUGCUGUUUGUAAAUAAAGA